UAAUGCUUUUUGCUAGUGAGUUCACGACAUUUGAUAAUACCAUAGACAAUACGAUUGUCAAAGCACAUAAAGAGCAUUUUUAAUACUACUGAGCACAUUCUUUGGUUCAAAGUGUAUAAAUAAUAGAAAAUCAAAAUGCAAACAAACCCUAUGGAGAAGUAUCACUCGAUGCCCAACAUCCGGUCCACUACAAGCGACCUGGACAUGAGACGGCUGUACAGUCUAUCUCUGUCACAGAUCAGGAGACACUCAGGAUUCGCUGAGUACCAUCACAAGCCUACGCCUUUCAGUAUAAGGUGGAUCCACGGCUAUAACCCAAAAGUGGGCGUGAUCAAUUUAAACGACCGAGGCACUACGACGGCUUUCUAUGCGGCGGCCAACUGCGCCGUCCUGUACAACUGGACUACAAACCAGAUGAGAAUACUACAGGGCCACAGGCACACAAUAACGGCCAUAGCGUCUGAUUCAACCGGCAAAUGGCUGGUUACAGCCGACUCUGGUCCAGAAAACAUCCUCAUCAUUUGGGACAGCACCGACUACUUCCCACAGAAGACCUUAUUCUCUCCUCACGGUGAUGUGAAGGUAGCCGGAGUCACUUUGAGCCCUGACGCGAAGUACCUUCUCACUUUGGGUUAUCCAGAAAGAACUACUAUUUAUUGGUGGAUAUGGGUUUAUGGACUUGAGCAGCCACAUGCUACUUUAGAAGUAGAAAUUUCAAAGGACGCGGUUAUCGACAUGGGGUUCAAUCCAAACAACACUGAACAGUUUCUGUUGAUGACGAAGCUUGAUGUUUGGAUUGGGGUCUCAAAAAAAGUUUUCGUCAUUGAACGAGGUUUGCUAAAGGAAACGAAUGACUACGAACUGAAGAUAAAAAAACUGGACAAGAACAUUACUCCAGAAUGCGGCCAGCUUACUUGCUAUACGUUCGUAGGUGUGACGUCACAGGUUCUCGUGGCCACCAGUCGAGGGUCUGUACUGAUCUUCGGCUACACUAUAGAGUAUCAGGAAGACGUAGGCCCGACUAGCUAUGAGAACUUGCGAUUUGUAAAAGUUCUGAAAGUGGAAAAACAGAAGAUUAAUGUUAUUAAAAAUAUUGACGGCGUGCUAGUGACUGGGAACAGUGGCGGCGAGUUUCACUUCUACGACUACCAGCUGAAGCUGCUGUACUGGGUGCACGGCUUCAGCGUGGACAACGUCAAGGGCAUAAGCUUUAAUAUCGCACCGCGCAGCUAUCAGAUAUUCGACCCAAAAUGCAACAAGCCUUGCCCGUGCUGGGAGAAGGUUGUAGCGAAGUAUGACACGCUGACUGGCGUGUUGAAACAGAAGCUGAUCAAACGACGAAUGCCAAGCGACGCCACUGUUGGCAGCAAGCCGUUCCUCGUCAGGGACUUUAUUGUUUGUACUGUAGAAAUAAAAAAGGUAAUAAGUACACAGAACCAAGGCGUAGGUUUCGUUGACUUCGUGACGGAAAAUUUCGUGACUAUACUAGAUAAUGUCGUAUCGACCGCGCUCGCCGUGUCCGUUCAUCCUGAAAAGCCGUUUGUCUGCGUGGGCUACGCUGACGGCAAUCUGGAACUGUACAACUUCAUCACCCACAAACUGUUCGUGAGAUUGGACCUAAGGAAACACUUUACAGUGACCAUCCCGCCGAAGAACGACUCUAUCAAAUGCAUCCACGAAGUCAAUGUUCCAAAACUCUCUGUGACCUGUCUUAAAUAUUCUCCAUCAGGUUUGCAUCUGGCAUGUGGUCUGAACACCGGAGGCCUUCUCUUCCUAGACCCGACCACCAUGGCCAUCAUCACGAACAAGCCAUUCUUGGACACUAGCCAUGCUAUCAAAGAGAUCAACUUUAGCUGCGAUUCUAUAAGGCUGGCCUUGGCUGAUGCUGGCCGAACCGUAUGCGUCUACAAAUUCAACUGCAACACCUUCGAAUGGAGCUUCAUCGGAAAACACAGAUCGCAUUACAAAGACAUCACCAGCGUGUUCUUUUUGCCCCAGAAGAAUGAGGAUGGGGAGUACAAACUGGUUUCCUUAGGAUCAGACAGGAUUAUGGUGGAAUAUGAUGUGGGACAGAGUUCUGAGGAGUACUUGGAGAUUUACAGUUUGGAUCGGGUAGAGCAGACUGCAGUUCCGCUCUGUGGCAUAGUAUGGCCGACGCCUAAGGACCUCGAUCCUGCGCAGUACCGAACUAACUUGCCGACGAUUUUGAUUGCUAACGAUGAGUUCAAGUACAAAAUAGUGAACUACUCCACCACAAUGACGCUCAGUACGGUGCUUGGCCCGCGUUUCGAGCAUCCUGUACGGAAAAUGCAGCUAGUUACCCGCGAGGAGGACGGCUGUGAACUGCAGUACCUGGUCUUUGCCACCAAGAACGUCAUAGGUCUGCAGAAGUUACCUCUCGAUGGUAACCCUUGGAAGCAUAUCGGCUUGCUAGCGCAUCCAGCGCAGGUGACCGAGAUGUCUUUCCGUGGCGAUAAUGGAGUCAUGUUCACAAUUGGUGCUAAAGACAGCUGCGUGUUCCAGUGGGCUGCCAAUUACAGAUCGGUAGAGUCGACCACAAAGCAGGGCGGUCCGGACUUAGAUCCAUACUACUGCCUCAUAGAGAAUGGUCGGCCGGGCUGGCUGUUCCAGGAGAUCCGGGAUCUGUUCUACUACGUCCAGAUCUUGUGCCAGGGCACUUUCUCCCCGGCCAUGCGGCGCGUUAAGGACUACAUCCCUAUCGAUUCGCUGCCGGACUUGAUGAGGGCUCUCGGCUUCUUCCCGUCGGAGUAUGAGGUAGAAAACUUACUUGAAGAAGCGAAGUACAAGGUCUAUCUCUACAAUCCGGUUACGGAGAUAGAUUUCGAAGAAUUUGUAAAGCUGUACAUAAACCAUCGGCCGGCGUUCGGUUACAACUACAAAAAACUGCGGAACGCGUUUCGAAACUUCGCUUACAUGCAGAAAGAGGUUUACAAAAUGCACAGGGAUGAGUUCAUCGAUAUGUUGGAAAAUUAUGGUGAGAGAUUCCCUCGCGAGUUGUCGUGGUAUUUGCUGUCGAUAUUGAGCGGCCACAGCGCUGAAGACAGAGCCAAUAUGAGUGAAGGGGACUUCUCUUUCUUGCCUGAGGAGAUAACGUUCAGCGACCUGGUGACCAACAUAUUGGGUAUCCAGGAUAUGGACAAUGUGUCUGAGCAAAACUCAGGCAUGGAGGGCUCUUGUGCCUCGCAAUCGCAGCACACCGCCUCUUCCGGCGACUCCGAAGACAAAUAACCUCUCAGUAUCACAUACUAUGCGUGCUAGUCAUAGACGUGAGAAUAUACCAGUUUCCCGGAAUAGCGAAGCCCUGCAUUAACUGCGUACAGG